CAUGACCAUGACCACCACCACCACCACCACCGCGGUUUGGAACUCUCUGGUUUAGGUCUUUGGAUACAUGCGUUGGGCUGCUCACUUUUGGUGAGCUUGGCUUCCCUUAUCUGCCUGAUUUUCUUGCCAGUCAUAUUUAUAAAAGGAAAACCAUCCAAGGCAAUUGUGGAUUCGUUGGCUUUAUUUGGGGCAGGAGCUAUGUUAGGGGAUGCAUUUCUUCAUCAAUUACCACAUGCAUUUGGUGGCGAACACACCCACUCUCAUGAUCACCAUGCAGACAAUUUUCAUCAUGCUCAUGCUGGAGAUGAGCAUGGCCACUCACACUCACAUUCUUUGAAAGAUCUUUCUGUUGGAAUAUCUGUUUUGGCUGGUAUUGUACUCUUUCUGCUUGUAGAGAAGGUGGUGAGGUAUGUUGAAGACAAUUCUGCUGGAGCUAGUGCUUGGAAUCAUGGCCAUCACCAUCACCAUCACAAUCACAACAGCAGCAAGAAACUGAAAGAUGACAGUGAUGCUCAUGAUAAGACACAGUCAAAAUCUUCCAAGGAAGGAGAUGGGAAAGGGCCUGAUGAAGUUUUGGAUGAUUCUUCAAAUGAUACUAAUUUUACUCAAAGUGAAUCUCUACUUCGGAAGAGAAAGACCGUGCGGGAGGGCAAGGAUGAUAAAUCAGAUGUUGAUGCUGCAGAUGGCUCUGCGAAUAAUAUUAGAUCAUUGAAUGAAAAAGAACAUACUCAGUCACCUUCAAAUCGGGUGUUUGGUUAUCUUAAUCUCAUCUCUGAUGGUGUUCACAAUUUUACAGAUGGAAUGGCUCUUGGAAGUGCAUUUUUGCUUUAUGGAUCUGUUGGUGGAUGGUCUAGAACUCUUUUUUUGCUUGCACAUGAGCUUCCUCAAGAGAUAGGAGAUUUUGGUAUUCUGGUAAGAUCUGGUUUCAGUGCACCUAAAGCCCUUUUUUUCAACUUCCUCUCAGCAUUAGUGGCAUUAGCAGGAACUGCGUUGGCUUUGCUCUGGGGACAAGACCCAGGACAGUCAUCUUUGAUUGAGGGAUUCACUGCAGGCGGAUUUGUGUACAUUGCUGUUGCUGGGGUCCUGGCAGAAAUGAACAAUAGCAAGUCAACGCUGAGAAGUUCAGCAGUUCACAUAACCUCGCUAGUGCUGGGGAUGGCUGUUGCCCUAUGCAUCUCACUUGUGGAAUGAACAUUUGUUUUAUAACUGUAAUUCUAGCCCAACUUAACUGCAAGAGUACGAGGAAAAGAUCAGAUGUUUUCUUAACACUUAAAAUUAGUUAUUAUCUCAUUUUUUGUGAGUUUCACCUCUGUGGAAAUCUAUAGCUCUGGACCCUCCUUUGACA